GCGGAGGGGCUGCGGUCGCUCCGGUCCCGUUCCUCCCGUUCACCGCCAGCGCUGCCCCGCCUUCACCCCGCUCGGCAGCCCCGGGAGCCCGCUGUCGCCUUCAGCUCCUCGCCGCCCCCCUCCCGGGGGGCUCCGCCAUGGCAAUGACGGGCCCCACGCCGUGCUCCUCCAUGAGUAACCACACCAAGGAGCGAGUUACAAUGACAAAGGUGACGUUGGAAAACUUCUACAGCAACCUCAUUGCGCAGCACGAAGAGCGAGAGAUGAGACAAAAGAAGCUAGAACAAAUGAUGGAAGAAGAAGGCUUGAAAGAUGAAGAGAAAAGAAUCAGGAGAUCAGCACAUGCACAAAAGGAAACAGAGUUUCUUCGCUUGAAGAGAACAAGGCUUGGCUUGGAAGACUUUGAGUCUUUAAAAGUCAUAGGCAGAGGAGCAUUCGGAGAGGUGCGACUCGUCCAGAAGAAGGACACGGGGCAUGUUUAUGCAAUGAAGAUACUUCGGAAAGCUGAUAUGCUUGAGAAAGAACAGGUUGGCCAUAUUCGUGCGGAGCGGGACAUUCUGGUGGAGGCCGACAGUCUGUGGGUUGUGAAGAUGUUCUAUAGUUUCCAGGACAAGCUAAACCUCUACCUUAUCAUGGAGUUCCUGCCGGGAGGUGACAUGAUGACAUUAUUGAUGAAAAAAGACACUCUAACAGAAGAAGAGACCCAGUUCUACAUAGCUGAGACUGUGCUGGCCAUUGAUUCUAUUCAUCAGCUGGGUUUUAUCCAUCGGGACAUAAAACCAGACAACCUUCUUCUGGAUAGCAAGGGUCACGUGAAACUCUCAGAUUUUGGUCUGUGUACUGGCCUAAAGAAAGCCCACAGAACAGAAUUCUACAGGAACUUGAACCACAGUCUUCCCAGUGACUUCACUUUCCAGAACAUGAAUUCCAAAAGGAAAGCAGAGACGUGGAAGAGAAAUAGACGGCAGUUGGCUUUCUCUACUGUGGGAACUCCAGAUUACAUUGCUCCUGAGGUUUUCAUGCAGACUGGCUACAACAAGCUUUGUGACUGGUGGUCGCUUGGGGUCAUCAUGUACGAGAUGCUCAUCGGUUAUCCACCCUUCUGCUCUGAGACUCCUCAAGAAACAUACAAGAAAGUCAUGAACUGGAAAGAGACUCUGACUUUUCCUCCAGAAGUUCCAAUAUCUGAUAAAGCCAAGGAUCUUAUUUUAAGAUUUUGCUGUGAAUGGGAGCACAGAAUUGGUGCAUCUGGUGUGGAGGAAAUAAAGAGUAACCCAUUCUUUGAAGGGGUUGAUUGGGAGCAUAUCAGAGAGAGACCUGCUGUGAUUUCCAUAGAAAUUAAAAGCAUUGAUGAUACCUCAAACUUUGAUGAAUUUCCAGAAUCUGAUAUCCUUAAACCAACAGUGGCCACCAGCAACCACCCAGAGACUGACUACAAGAACAAGGACUGGGUUUUUAUCAACUACACCUACAAGCGAUUUGAAGGUCUGACAGCCCGAGGAGCGAUCCCAUCCUACAUGAAAGCAGGAAAGUAAUAAAUCAUUACCUGGCACAACUUCUGAGCCAUGGAAUUCUGCUCCCGUACUUUGGGUCGAGACCCCCACAAGAACUGCUUCCUUUUUUUAAUGAAAACUUGAGGGCUAUAAACUCUCGGAGAAGACUUCAGGACCCUGUUUUGUUACACACCCUGGUCGUUACUAAGGACUUUUCCUACAUCAUUGAAUGUUUGUGUCAUCUCUGCUUC